AUGUGUCCUCGACGUGAUAAAGCCAAUGCGAAUACUCGGCCGAAUUCAUCGAAACGUGAAGAACGUGAAACUCGUCAGCAGGAGAAGCAAAUUCGCGAGAAGAAAACAUACUUGAGAAAAGAUGAAAACGCUGGGGCAUUCAAUACACAACUACGAGCAUUCAAUCUACAAUUGAGAAAUAUUGUUGGCGACGGAAAUUGCUUAUUUCGAAGUUUUGCUGAUCAAAUGGAUGGUGAUCAACAUCGACAUGCUCGUUAUCGACAGCAAAUUUGCGAGUAUAUGCGUGCGAAUCGAGAAGAUUUCGAACCAUUCAUUGUCGAUCAACCGUUUGAUGCAUUCGUUCAUUCACUUUCGAAAGAUGGAACAUUCGGAGGAAACGAAUGUCUUGUCGCGUUUUCUCGUCUUUUCGAUGCCAAAAUCUGUAUACAUCAAUUGAAUCAACCUGUUUGGAUUGUAUGUUUCUCCGAACCUCCUAAACAUGAAAUUCAUAUUUCCUAUCAUAAUUAUGAACAUUAUUCUUCAGUAAGGAAACUAGGUGAUCUCACAUUGACAUCCGCAAACGUUCGUCAAGCAAUGACGACGUGCAAUCCGACAGUUUUGAAUGAUAAGAAGAAAACAACUACAAAUGAGAACGGUCAUGGUGCGUGUGCAUUCGAUCCUCCAGAAUUGUUUAGUGAACACGACGUCGAAUAUAUUUGUGCACAAUUAGAAAAUCCCGUUGAUCGCCAGUUAAUUCGCGAUAUAUUAACCGAUAGUCGCGGAGAUAUUGAUGGAACAAUCGCUCAUUUUAUGGCAUUGGACGCAUCGCCAGUAUCUCUGCCAAUUAUUUCUCAAGAAUCAAUUGAAAGAAUCAUGACGAUAACAGGAAUUAACGAUGUCGAACUGAUCGAACAGUCCUACAAACAUCAUAAUCUUGAUGUAGAAUCGACUGUUGAAGCAUUAUUGAAGUUAACAACAGAUGACAAAGUUACCGAAACCAUUUCCGAAGAAGAUGUGUUGGAAAAAGAAGAAUAUGUGUCGGAAAAGGAAGAAGAUGUUAAAUCUAAAACUACAUCAAAACCAAAAUCUCGACCGGCAUCUGGCCGUCAGGUGAAGGCCGACAAGAAAAAAGCGAAGAAACAACGAGCAAUUGAAAAGCAUCGUGCACAAAUCAUCGCCACAACAGCCAAAGCCGAAUCCAAACCAAUGGAAAAGAAAGCGGAAGUAGCGGCUAAUGCCCAACAAGAAAACGUGCCACCAGCUAACAUGGAAUUUAUUAGUAUAUAA